AGAAGUUCCAACUACUGACGUGGCUCCUCGGACAAGCACGUCACGUUCUGUACUUGCCUCAGACACGCUAGUUGAAGGAGAAGAAACCUCGCCUCCUCAACAAAACGUCGUCACCACUACUCCGCCAUCAAGCCCCCUUGCUCCUUCACCAAAAAGGGCAAGGGUUGAAAAGAUUAUUGAACCUGCCCCUCAGUUGGGCAGUUCGUCGACUCUGCUCCUAGAUGAUCCUAUGAUCAAGGAUCUUCUCCGCAUCGGUUCCCAAUUUAUUGGGUACCGUGAAUAUGCUAAUAGAGCCGAAGAGAAACUUGCAGAGGCUAACGAACGCGCCGACGCACUUUCUCGAAAACUUGAGCAAAGUGAGGCGGCUCGCAAGAAAGCGGACCUUGCUGCUAGCAAAGCCAAGACCGAAGCUGAUGAAGCCAAGGCGAAAGCUGCUGGUGUCGAGGAACUGCAGAAAAAGCUUAAGGAUGCUACAGCUGCUUUAGAUGAGCACAAAGCUGCGCAAGCUUCUCGUGAAGAAGGAAUCCUCAAGCGCCUGAAGACUCAGAGUCGCCGUACUUUCGUCCAAACAAACCAGGAUUUUGACCUGACAAAUCCUGUCGAUGAUCCGGUCCUUGACGCACUUUCCUAUCUGGAGCUUCAUGGGUCCGAGAUUCGUGAAGGUGUAUCGAACGCUAAUGCAGUAUUGUCGACAUUGUUCCCCUACUUCUUCCCGAAGAAGGAGGAGCCUAUGAUGAAGGCGGUGCUAUUCGGUGCCGAGCUGGAUGGGGUUCUGAACCUCGCCGGCAGCAGGGCGGAUCUGCUCUGGCCGGCGGUGUGGCACCGCUGGUGGAGCCGAGGUGUCGUCGGCUGCUCACGAAGGCUCGGCCGCAUAAUUCCACAACAACUGUUGCAGGCAGGACGGCGCACGCCGCCUCAAGCAGGCCAGUGA